AUGGCGGCCUUCAGACCUCGGGUGAAGCCCAAGAUCUUUAAAAAGAGGACCAAGAAGUUCAUCUGGCACCAGUCAGACCAAUGUGUCAAAAUUAAGCACAACUGGCAAAAACCCAGGAGCACUGACAAUAGGGUGCACAGAAGAUUCAAAGGUCAGAUCUUGAUGCCCAGCUUUGGUUACGGGAGCAACAAGGAAACAAAGCACCUGUUGCCCAGUGGCUUUUGGAAGUUCCUAGUCUACAGUGUCAUGGAGUUUGAAGUGUUCCUGAUGUGCAACAGAUCUUACUGUUCAGAGGUUGCUCACCAUGUCUCCUGUAAGAACCACAAAGCCAUUGUGGAAAGAGCAGCCCCACUGGCCUUCAGAGUCACCAAUCCCAAUGCCAGGCUACACAGGGAAGAAAGUGAAUAG